CCGUCGCCGCGUCAAUCAGUCAGUUCGCGGUCGGGCGAAACCAAAAACGCAUCAUCCUGCGAAAAAAAAAUGGCAGAAAACCAAAACAUCAUCUGCGCUCCGCCGGAUUGUGCCAUCAAGAUCAACAAAUGGAAGGUCCGGGAGGGCUUCUCGGUGACCGGCGGCAACAUCAUCCUGUUUUACGAGUGCCCGGGCGGCCCGGAAAAGGACAUCCGGCGGCUGAAGGCGACCAAAGCGGGCGUCGUGAAAAAGCGCCUCGCCAAAGAGGGCGAAAUCGUGGAAAGAGGGAAGCCGCUGUUGGAGUUGCAGCAAUGCAGUCACACGACGGUCAUCAAGGACAUGUGCGCCGAUUGUGGGGCCGAUUUGCGCCAGGAUGAGCAAGCCGGCGGGUCGGAGGCUUCGGUUCCGAUGAUACACUCGGUGCCCGAGCUGAAAGUAACGGAAAAGUUGGCCAAGAAGUUGGGCCAGGCGGACACGGAACGGUUGCUGCGGGAUCGAAAGUUGGUGCUGCUGGUGGAUUUGGACCAGACGUUGAUUCACACAACGAAUGAUAACGUGCCGAACAACCUGAAGGACGUGUACCACUUCCAGCUGUACGGUCCGAACUCUCCCUGGUAUCACACCAGGUUGCGACCCGGGGCGCUGCAGUUCCUGGCCAAGAUGGACCCGUUCUACGAGUUGCACAUCUGCACGUUUGGGGCACGCAACUACGCGCACAUGAUUGCGCAGUUUCUGGACGAAAAGGGUCGCUACUUUUCGCACCGGAUUCUGUCCCGCGACGAGUGCUUCAACGCCACCAGUAAAACGGACAAUUUGAAGGCCCUUUUCCCCUGCGGAGACUCGAUGGUGUGCAUCAUCGAUGAUCGCGAGGACGUGUGGAACAUGGCGGCGAAUCUGAUCCAGGUCAAGCCGUACCACUUCUUUCAGCACACCGGGGACAUUAAUGCGCCACCCGGCAUGUCUAAGAACGAGCUGGACGGAAAAGGGGUGGACUUUAAGGAUUUAAUUGGUCAAGCCCACAAGGAAAAGAAGGACAAAGAGGGCAGCCGUCCGCCGACGCCGAAGAUCGAAACGGAGGAGGUGACGAAACCGGUAGAGGAUUCUUCAAAGCUGGAAGAGAAAGAACCGCCAGCGGUGAAGGCUGAGGAUGAGAAGGAAACGGGAGUUACUGAAGGAAAGGAGGAGGAGAAACCUCCCGAAACGAAACAAGCUGAUGAUGGUGGGACUAAAGAGGACAAGAAACCAUCGGACUCUACUGAUGGAAAGAAGGAAGAUGCCUCUGAAGAAAUGGUUGUCGUGAAGAAGCCAGAUUCUGAUAGUGGAGAGAACUUGAUCGAGAUUGAAGAUCCGGACGAUUAUUUGCUCUAUUUGGAGCACAUUUUGCAGAAAAUACACGAAAUGUUCUACAAGGAGUAUGACAGCACGAAGCAGAUCUCCGACCUCAAGCGCCUCAUCCCGCAGGUCAAAUCGCAGGUGCUGGUCGGCCACAAGCUCGUCUUUUCCGGCCUCGUCCCAAACAGCAUGAAGCUGCACCAGAGCAAGGCGUUCCAGGUGGCCCGCAGCCUGGGCGCGACGGUGACGCAAAGUUUCGAGCCGGACACGACGCACCUGGUCGCGGUCAACGGCACCUCGAAGGUGCACCAUGCGCGCAAGAAUCCGAAAAUCAAAAUCGUCACCCCCGAGUGGCUGUGGACGUGCGCCGAACGCUGGGAGCACGUCGAGGAGCUGCUGUUCCCCCUGCGGCAGUCGAAGCCGGUGAAAAUGAACCGACAACCGCCGCCGCACUGUCACAGUCCGGAACACGUGGUCAACUACGGCGAGGGCAAGAGCGGAUCCAGUAAAAAGUCGGACAACGUCCCGCCCAAGUUCAUCGACACGAUCAACCCGCUGCUGAGCUUCUCGAACGACGAUCUGGACGCGAUGAACGACGACUUUGACGAGUUUUUCGAGUCGGACGACAGCUCGAGCGACGACGAACCGGUCGACAUUGAAAAUCCGCCGAUGGACAAGAAACUGCGCAAGCGGCAACGAAAGGAGAAGGAAAAACCGCAAAACAUCUUCCAGAAGCGCGAGGGCGGUGGCGGCAGCGGCGGCGCCAUUUGUGACGUGGAUCCAGACGAAGAAUCGACCAGUAAAACGCUCAUCCGGUACACGGACCAGGAAGACAACAGCCAGACUAACCUGAGUUCGGACGAAGAUGAAAGCCCAAGCGCAAAAUUCCGGCGGGGCGGAGAGUUGCCGUCGGAUUUGGACAUGGGCUCCAACAGCGAGGGAAGUGACGAUCCGAUCGACGACGUGGACGACGGCGACUGGAACAUGAUGGGGGCGGCCCUGGAGCGGGAGUUUCUCGGGCUGGACGAUUAAGGUAUCUACGCCCGGUGUGUUGCGCAGGCAGUACAAAAGGCUUAGGAAAAGUGUGACCUCCGCGUUUUGUUUUUGUUUCCCUUUUCUUUUCUCUCAAUUAAGUUGUAAAUGUAGAAGAAAACGUUUGUUCGCGUUAGUGUGCCUAAGGACCACCUUAAGCACUCUCUCUAUUGUACAGUAAUUACUAAUUAUAAACAACAAAAAA